UCUAAAUUUGUUUUUCUAUAAGUUUCAUCAUCCUUUAUCAUUUUAAAACAGAUUCAAUUCUAGUUUCUAGACUUUCUGUGUUGGAUUUUGGAGAUGGCUAUGCAGACUAGUCCACAGAUCUCUUGGUGGAAUGCUUUUAGAUCUCAGCCGUUGCCUCCGGUGAGUCUUGCCGGAGAUUCUGACUCGUUCGGAUCUGCCGUAGAGACAGAACAUGGUGUGGAUAAACAGAACAACUCUGCAACUCACUUGGCUUUCUCACUUGGUGAUGUAAAGAGUUCAAGAGUUGUGGCAAAGCCUCAUGGAGCUGCUUUCUCAAUGCAACCACCUUGCUUGGAACUUGGAUUUACUCAGCAACAGAUGUAUCCUUGUGUUGAACAAGGAUACUAUGGAGUUGUUUCAGCCUAUGGAUCUCAGAGCAGAGUAAUGCUUCCUCUAAACAUGGAAACAGAAGAUGGAACAAUCUUUGUGAACUCAAAGCAAUACCAUGCCAUCAUCAGGCGACGCCAAUCACGUGCAAAGGCUGCUGCUGUUCUUGACCAGAACAAACUGAGUAGCAGAGGCCGUAAGCCAUAUAUGCAUCACUCACGCCAUCUCCAUGCACUGCGCCGUCCUAGAGGAUCCGGUGGAAGAUUCUUGAACACUAAAAGUGGAACCAAUGCAAAGAAAGCUGAUGGAACUAAGCAGACUCAGAGUCAGGCUAUGUCUCAGCAAAGUAAUUCUCAGAACUCUGAAGUUCUUCAUCCGGAAAGUGGGACCAUGAACUUAUCUACCGGACUAAAUGUGUCUGGAUCAGAAGUUACAAGCAUGAACUACUUUCUGAGUUCUCCGGUUCAUCCUCUUGGUGGCAUGGUGAUGCCUAGCAAGUGGACUGCAUCAGUAGCAGCAAUGGAUAAUGGCUGCUGCUAUUUCAAAACCUGAUAUUUUACCUUUGUUUCUCAGUCAACUGGAGAUAGAGAGGAGAGAACUCUUUGUCUUGGAAAAGGACAAUGCGUUUUUUCUUUUUAUUCUUGCAUUUGACUGUGGACAGGCAAAUCAUCUUUGGCUCAUUCUCUACUAAGGCUUCUUCACCUUCAGGUGAACGGAGCUUUGGUUUUAUCUCAGUGUGAAACUAGUUAGAUGGGGCUUUGGCAACUAAACCCACUUGUUCCAACUCUAUCGCUUGUUUUUAUGAUGUUGUAUCUCUCUCAUUGCGUGUGUGUGUUUAUGUAUGUUUCUGAAACAAUUGUAAAAACUUGUAGUUGUGUGGCUUAUGUAAUAUAUUUCAGUCCUGCUUUCGUAUA